UUUGACGUUACGGAAACUGCGCAGAGCGCAUGCGCGUUGUCCGCAGAACAUUGUGGACAAAAAAAUAAAAUAAAAAUGGAGCAGAAAGGAGGAUGCGCAGAAGGAGAGGAAGGAGCAACUUCUGGAGGAAGCAAACAAGAGCUGGGUCAAAAGUCAGGGCAGAAGAGGAGGCUGGAUGAUGAAGAGGAGCCACCCCGUAAGAAGCAGGUGACUGAUCACAGUGUUGCGGUGGCGAGUCACUACAACAGGCAGAAGGAAGUCGGUCUAGAGGGUCGAAGCCACAGCAGGAUCUUAUUCAUGAGGAACUUCAACAACUGGAUGAAGAGUGUUCUGAUUGGUGAGAUCCUAGAGAAGACACGAGAAGCAGGUAACAGGGACUUGUCUGUGUUGGAUCUCGGCUGUGGGAAAGGAGGAGAUCUGCUGAAGUGGAGGAAAGGAGGAAUCAGUCACCUCGUCUGUACAGAUAUAGCAGCAGUGUCGGUGGAGCAGUGCCAGAGUCGUUUUGAAACCAUGAAACAGAAAAGUUUUGCUAACGAGAAAAUCUUCAGCGCUCAGUUCAUCACCUCAGACUCUUCAAAGGAGGUGUUGUCAGAGAAGCUGGACGGCGCUGAGCUGCGGUUCGACAUCUGCAGCUGCCAGUUCGUGUACCAUUACUCGUUUGAGAGCGAGCAGAAGGCCGACAUGAUGCUGAGGAACGCCUGCGAGCGUCUGAAGCCUGGAGGCUUUUUUAUCGGGACGACACCAGACGCCUAUGAGCUCAUUAAACGUCUGGAGGCGUCGGACUCUCUGUCGUUCGGUAAUGAAGUCUUUAAAGUCUCCUUUCAGUCCAAAGGCUCCUACCCUCUGUUUGGGUGUCAGUAUCACUUCAGCCUCGAAGGAGUUGUUGAUGUUCCUGAGUUCCUUGUCUACUUUCCUCUUUUUGAACACAUGGCCAAGCGUUACAACAUGCGUCUGGUACUGAAGCAGAGGUUUUCAGAGUUCUUUGAGGAAAGAGUGAAAAAGGAGCAUCAUCGCAGCCUCAUGAUGAAGAUGUCAGCUUUGGAGCCGUUUCCCUGUGAAGGCAGAAGCCAACAGGCCACUGAAAGUGCAGGAGAGUACUCCCAUGCUAAAGAGCACUGUGGCAGAGCUGGAGUGAGACCACCAGUGGGAACACUGAGCAGGUCUGAGUGGGAGGCAGCCAGUAUCUACUUGGUGUUUGUCUUUGAGAAAAUGUCCUGAUGCUUGAAGUGAACUCCGUUUAAUGCUUACCUCACACUUUCUCCUCACUUUGUGCUUGUACAGUUUUCAGUUGUACUUUUAGUUUUUUAUAAACCAUGAACUGUAAUCAAGUUUGUUAGAACUUAUUUUAUUUGUACUUUUAAGUUCUUGUUUGUUUGUUUGUUUGUUUUAUCAUUUAUGUUGGUUAAACUGUCACGAGGAUGAGAUUUAUAGAUGUUUUCAGGGGUGGAGGUUUGUAAACCGUUUUGAUACGGGUCAUUUGACGAUGU